AUGCGCUACGCGGACCCCUCGGCGAACAGGGAUUUGUUGGGGAACCGAACUUUGCUCUUCAUCUUCAUCUGCGCCUUCGCCUUGGUGACCUUGCUGCAACAGAUCUUGUAUGGCAGGAACUACAUCAAGAGAGGCCUCCAGUUUGGUUGGCAGAGUGGCGACCAGCUGGCCAAUUGGACGGGGCUCUUUAAUGUCACGGACGACCCGGCAGUGCAGAGCGGCAGUGACUCCAGUUCCAGGUACUUUGAAUUUUACGAGGGCCCUUUUGAGUAUAACUCCACAAGAUGCCUGGAGCUGAGGCACGAGAUCUUGGAAGUGAAGGUGCUCUCCAUGGUGAAGCAGUCGGAGCUGUUCGACAGGUGGAAGAGCCUCCAGAUGUGCAAAUGGGCCAUGAACAUCUCUGAAGCCAACCAGUUCAAGUCCACUCUAUCCAGGUGCUGCAACGCCCCCUCCUUCCUCUUCACCACCCAGAAGAACACGCCCCUGGGGACGAAGCUCAAGUACGAGGUGGAUACUAGCGGCAUCUACCACAUCAACCAGGAGAUCUUCCGCAUGUUUCCCAAGGACAUGCCCUACUACCGGUCCCAGUUUAAGAAGUGUGCGGUGGUGGGCAACGGGGGCAUCCUAAAGAACAGCCGCUGCGGGAGGGAGAUCAACAGUGCUGACUUUGUCUUCCGGUGCAACCUACCCCCCAUCUCAGAGAAGUACACCAUGGAUGUAGGGGUGAAGACAGACGUGGUCACCGUGAACCCCAGCAUCAUCACAGAGAGGUUCCACAAGCUGGAGAAGUGGCGGCGGCCCUUCUACCGCGUGCUGCAGCUGUACGAGAACGCGUCGGUGCUGCUGCCCGCCUUCUACAACACGCGCAACACCGACGUGUCCAUCCGCGUCAAGUACGUGCUGGACGACUUCGAGUCACCGCAGGCCGUGUACUACUUCCACCCGCAGUACCUGGUCAACGUGUCGCGCUACUGGCUCAGCCUCGGGGUGCGCGCCAAGCGCAUCAGCACCGGCCUCAUCCUGGCCACGGCGGCGCUCGAGCUGUGCGAGGAGGUGCACCUGUUCGGCUUCUGGGCCUUCCCCAUGAACCCCUCGGGCUUGUACAUCACCCACCACUACUAUGACAACGUCAAGCCCCGGCCCGGCUUCCACGCCAUGCCCUCGGAGAUCUUCAACUUCCUGCACCUGCAUAGCCGCGGCAUCCUGCGCGUGCACACGGGCACCUGCAGCUGCUGCUGAGGGCGGCGCGGGCCUUCUGCCGGGUCCCCCAGCACAAGGGGACUCCCGGCACACGGAGCACCCCCGGCACACGGAGCCACGGUCUUCCUCGCCGGUCGGCAGGGCGGGGUGAAAGCCUGGCACUGAGGCUGGCACUCUCCUGGAUGCUCAGCUUCAGACUUGGGUCCUGUGGGCUCUGGGAGGCAGGGAUGCGGCAGGGCAGAGACAGCUCCGUGCGUACCGCCCCACCUGCCCCCCUCCCCGCCACACCUCAAGAUGGGGGCCCUGGGGGUCGCAAGGGAAUCAAGCACAUUUCCACCCAGUGUUAGCAUCCAAAAGAGCACAAACCGUAUGGCCUCUUUGCAGCUAAAGGAAGUCCCUACUGGGAACAGAAAAAAGGGAGACAGACAGAACAUGUGAGCACAGUUUAGAUGUAACUCAGACUUCCGGGUUCCUGACUCUUACUCCGAGGCCUCAGCCAUGAAAUGUGGUCUAGAAUCUCAGAGCUAAAAGGCCAACCAAGUGGCCAGACCCUCCUGUGAGGACAGUGGCUCAGAGAGGUCCAGGGAUUAUUAACCGAGUUUCCACCAACCGAGUAAGUGGCACUGUGAGAUCUGAUGCAAGGGCUGUGGGUUAGGAUCUUCACUCAGACACUGUCAACCAAGGAGAGCCACCCCCUUCAAACACAUCCUCAGACACACACGUCUUGGUGCCUCCAGGUUCAAUCCUGUGUUUGACCUUUUGAUGAGAAGGAAAUAAACCAGACCAGCCAUUUGCACUAAGGUUUUCAAGCCAACGUUAUCGACUCAGUAAGUGCUUAGCGACUUGCUUCCUCUUCUGUCUCCCUAUUUUCAGCUCUGUUUUAACUGGGAGUUAUUUAUAAGACCCAUCCCUCUGUGUGUUCCUGAAUUGGAACCGUAAGGCUCGGACUGGAAAGCGCUGACAUGUGACUGGUGAGCUUAGCGCGGAAGUGAGUCGUGGCCUCUGACACCAGCAUCACUGAGGUCCUACUGUGAAGGCGGGGUUUCCUGCAGCACGCAGCCUGCUGGCCUUCACAUGCGUGGAUCCACAGGGCCUGUGCUUUAGGAAGUCAGCUGUGCCUAGGCUGAAAGGGCUUCACGUAUCAUUUCACAUCGUUUUCCUCCCCUCUGAGGUAUUCCCACCAUGAAUGCAGCUGUGCCUAAUACACACUGUUGGUGAAUUGCCUUAGAAUUUAGUUUUGUGGAACUGUAGAAGGCUAGUGCUGGAGGAUUUUCAGCCUGCCCCUCCUUUCCUCCCUUCCUGCUCUCUCCCCUCCUUCACCUAAACAUUUCCAGAAGCCUGUUCUGCUUUGGUUUGGGGAGAGGCUUGGGAAGACAUGAUGACAAAUAAAGACAGGAUCUCUGUCUUCCAGGAGUGGAGGGCAGACCAGAGAUAAAUUCCGACUCCACAUGCUGGGUGUAAUGAGAAGGAGAAGGGAUGGUGAGAGCUCAGCACACAGGGAACAGGACCUUUCAUCUGAUCACCUCAUUUUACAGGCAGAGCAAUAGGCCCAGCUGGCACACAGACCCUGUCCCGGGUCCCCAGGCUCCCCAUUAAGGCCAGAACCCCUUCCUCUUGCUUGGGUUUCAUGUUGGUGGGGCCAUUGUGGAACGAGUGCUCCGUGCACAACACUGUUCUAGGUGCUGGCCUUGAUUCUGAGCUCUGGUCUUCACUGGGGAAACCUCGGGCUGUUCUGAGCCUAUCUGCUUGUCUGCAGUGCAAGGAAGUAGCCAGUGGGCCAGAGCAGGCCCAG